GAAUUGUUACUGAGGGACACAGAAUCGUUACUCAGGGACACAGAAUCGUUACUCAGGGACACAGAAUUGUUACUCAGGGACACAGAAUUGUUACUCAGGGACACAGAAUCGUUACUGAGGGACACAGAAUCGUUACUGAGGGACACAGAAUCGUUACUCAGGGACACAGAAUCGUUACUCAGGGGACACAGAAUUGUUACUCAGGGACACAGAAUUGUUACUCAGGGACACAGAAUUGUUACUCGGGGGACACAGAAUCGUUACUCAGGGACACAGAAUUGUUACUCAGGGGACACAGAAUCGUUACAGGGACACAGAAUCGUUACUCGGGGACACAGAAUUGUUACUCAGGGACACAGAAUCGUUACUCGGGGACACAGAAUUGUUACUCAGGGACACAGAAUCAGGAGGCAAUGUUUCAGGAGCGAGCAGACGUGGCAG